AUGUCUGCUGAUGAGAUGAAUCAGAAGUUGUUAAAUUUAAGGAACAAGAUGCUUGAUGAAGAGAUUGCCAUGCGUUUAUCACGUGAUAGUAGUGAGAAAUUAAACAAUGUUUAUGAGUAUAAGGUUGUUUGUUUUGAUCUUGAUGAACGAGUUUGUGAUGAGGAGGAGUUUAGGGCUUGGGUUAGUGAUGGAAAUCGAGGUUUUAAGGAGGAGGAUGUACCAAUUAUUCAAGGGUUGGAAAGGGUUAAUAAUAAUGUUGAUGAUGAUGUUGUUGUUGAUGAUGAUAAUUGUGGUAUUUGUCUACAAAAUUUGAAAACCCUAGAUAUCGAAGUGGACCAAGAUCUCGAGGUUGAUGUUAUUCCGAAGACGUUUUUGGCAAUAUUGCCUUGUAAGCAUGUUUUUCAUGAGCCCUGUGUGAUUCGAUGGCUUCUUAAAAAUCAUAUUUGCCCUUUGUGCCGCUAUGAGUUGCCGCGCCCGCCCCCGCUCAUGUCAGACUGA